AUGACUAAAAACGUUUGGACAGUUCUCUCGCCGCUUCUAAUAAUCAAUUAUGUAUUUGGUUUAAGAAUUAUCGAGUUUCCGAUAGGUUAUCGAAGAUUAUGGUUCAGCUUCAUCUACAUAUUAUCAUCUUGGUCGUUGUAUUGUUUCCUCAUGUGGUAUAUAACAGGAUCUUUAAUGACUAAAUUUUCCAAAACAAACAAUUUUCUUCAAUAUCUAAACUGUUUAGCAACGUUAAUAUCAAUUGUAUUUGGAAUAUAUUAUGAUAAGAAAUUUAGAGAUUCUCUGAAAAAACUUGCUAUUGUGGACAUCACAUUAGAAAAACUAGGAACAACGAUAAAUUAUCAGCAGUUACAUACGAAAACAGUACGGCUUGUCUUAGGAUGGUUUGCGUUAACAAUAUUAAUAAAUUUCAUGCACAUCGUAUAUUUGGAAUAUCAUUUUAAAUAUAAUACUGCAACAGCUAUUUAUUUCACAUUUAUGAUUAAUCAUUGCAGUCAUAUCAAUCUUAUCGGCGAUCUAACUAUGACAAGUAUUCUUGGAUAUAUAGGAAUAAAAUUUGAUCAAGUCAACGAACAUCUUCAAGAAAUGGCAAGUAAUAACAAUGGUAAAAUAAAACAGGAAAAUCAAAUGUUGCAUCCGUAUCAACGCAAAUUUUUGAAAAUUUUAAAUAAUAAAUGGAUAAUAUGGAUUAUAAUACAUCUUCAUUUAGAUUUAUGUAAAAUAUCUCGUGAGAUAGACUGGAUAUUUGGAGUACAAAUGACUUUUAAAAUGGGAUGUUACUUUAGUUUCCUGGCUACGAAUCUUAGUUCUUUAUUUGACCUGAUAUUUUUUCAAAAAUAUAUUAUAAGUUUUGACAAUAUAUUGUUUACAAGUAUAUGUCUAACAUGGUUGUUUCAUAAUAUUUUGAAACUUUUUAUCAUUAAUUACGUGUGCGAAAAAGUCAGUGCCAAGGCAAAUGUAACGAAAAAUUUUGUAAAUAAAAUAUCAUAUUCUACAUACAACGUUGAAAUGUGUCAAAAUAUCACGCAAUUGUCAUUACAAUUGGCUCAAUCACCGUUACGAUUUUAUGGCCUUGGACUUUUCCAAUUUGGCUUCAAAUUUCUUCAAGGUGUAUGUGCAAUUAUCAUAUAA